AAGCAAACGCCUGCUAGCUUAAUUGAUCCCCAUAAUUAACCGCAUGCGGUAUAAUUUUCUUCUUCAAUUUACACAAGAAACCGACCUUGUUGAUCGAGUUGUUGUUGUCACCUAUAAAGCUAGCAUAAACACACUACUCCUCUUCUUGACCCCUUCUUCUCUUCUCCAUAGCUAUCAAACACACCUUGUAAGCUUCUAGCUUCUUCUUCUUCUUCUACAUACACUUCAUCUUCUCCAUAGCAAACACCUUAAACUUAUAGCUGCUUCUUCUUCUUCUUCUUCUUCUUCUUCUUCUACAUAGAAUAGAAGCUUCUACAUAAGAUAUAGUCCAUGUAUAGCUCUAGUAGCAUGGAAGGAGAGGAUCUAGGUUCAUGGCUUGGUCUCGGGAUCGGCGGCGGCGGUUACGCAUACGGCGGCGACGAUUGCCGGAGGUCACCGUCGUCUCCGUCGCCGGUGCAGAUGUUGUUCUCCCAGCAUGUCAAGGAAGAGAUCACGAGGGGAUAUGAUCAUGGCCGUGAUGAAGAACAAGCUUCAGGGAGCAAGAUCAUGAAGGGAGAGAGAGGUGCAAGGCUAAGGGUGAUGAGGUCCAUCAGGAACAGCGGCGGCGACGGUAGCCGCUCGCGUGUACUGAGCCUCGGCGACGACGGCGGCGAUGGCGGCAGCGGCGGCGGCGGCGGUGGCGGCACGAGGAAGAAGCUCCAGCUCACCAAGGAGCAGUCGACCUUGCUCGAGGACAGCUUCCGCGUCCACAACAUUCUUUCUCAUGCUCAGAAGCACGAGCUCGCUCGUCAGCUGAAACUGAAGCCGAGACAGGUCGAAGUGUGGUUCCAAAAUAGAAGAGCCAGGACGAAGCUGAAGCAGACUGAGGUGGACUGCGAGUUCUUGAAGCGAUGCUGCGAGAGCCUGACCGAGGAGAACAAGCAGCUCAAGCAUGAGCUCAUGGAGCUGCGUCGGCUGGCUUCGCCGGCGGCGGCGGCGGCCGGCUCGCAGCUCUACGUCCAGUUCCCGAGGGCGGCGGCGGCGGCGAUGGUGAACGUCUGCCCGUCCUGCGAGAAGGUCACCGUGAUGGGCGGCGGCGGCGGCGAGACGGGAAAGAGCUCCUCCAGCUAUAGCUCUUAAUAAUAUAAAUUAAUUUAACUAUUAGUUUGUACUCGGAGUUUGAACAAACACCUGAUGAAUAUGGAGGUGUGAUGAUCGAUCGACUUCGUGUAGAUGAUCAACUAGCUAGGUGUGCCAAUAUAUAUAUAACUCUUAGUAAUUGAUUUGA